AAGCUGACUGCUGAAAACACAUGUCCAAAAGCAGCCAAACUUGUCGCAUUUCGAGGGCAGCCCAGCUCCCAUCACCACCACACAUUUCAGUCAAUUGCCGAUCACGGUGACCGAUCCGCCCGCCGCAAAAGUCCUCACCUCGUCAUAAUCAAGCCGCAUUGUGUCCGACCUUCCAUUGAUCGCGCAUCAUGCAGCAACGAGCAACCUACGGACGCUCCCCUCCUCUCCACCAUCCGGUGCCGCAGCACGUCUCGACAGUUCCCCAGCUCCGGUCCCCGCCUCCACCAACUUCACAACCCCAAGGCGGCUACGAUGGCAGCCCGUACCCGCAACAACCACACCAGCAGCAGCACCAACAGCAGCAACAGCAAGGUCCGGGGCCAGCGGGAGGGCCCAAUAUUUUUGGGCAAUAUGGCAACUUCAUCAACGAACCGACCGCGCAGAUAGCGUCGCACUUUGGCCAGACAGCGUUCAGGCAGGGGCAGGAAUACCUUGAACAGAAUGUGAACCGCUUCGUCAACGUCUCGGCCGUCAAGCACUAUUUCAUCGUCACCAACUCUUACGUAAUAAACAAGCUGUUCCUCGUCCUCUUUCCCUGGCGACACAAGCCGUGGACCAGACGACAGGCCACAGGGCCUUCCGGCCAGGAGGCCUGGUAUCUGCCACCGCGCGAUGACAUCAACAGCCCGGACAUGUAUAUCCCCGUCAUGUCGCUGGUCACGUACAUAUUCCUCCGGGCCUUAAUCUCCGGGCUGAAGGGCGAGUUCCAGCCAGAGCUGUUUGGGUAUAUUGCGACAGUUGCGAUGGUGGCCGUGAUUAUAGAGAUCGGGGGGCUGAAGGUGGGAUGCUACCUACUGAGCAUCUCGAACGAAUCGCAGCUGUUCGAUCUGGUGGCAUACUCGGGGUACAAGUUCGUUGGCGUGAUUGUUACGAUUAGCGUGGCCGAGGUGGUCAAUGGCGGGAAAGGGACGGGAGGCUGGAUCGGGUGGACUGUAUUCAUUUACACCUUCUUGGCAAACUCACUCUUCCUGAUGCGGUCUCUCAAAUACGUUCUCCUGCCCGAGAACAACAACGACAACCGGGGUCCGAUGCAGACGAUGCACCCACUCGACUCGCGGGCAAAGAGAAGCCAGCGGACGCAGUUCCUCUUCUUCUACUCCUAUGUCGUACAGCUGGUCUUCAUGUGGAUCCUAUGCCGGUCCUAAGCAGCCGAUCAGACAGGCGGCAUGGGAACGGUUUGGUUGAGGGUUGAUGGCGGGAUGCAAAUUAUAAACCAGAGCGGACAGCGACCAGGCGAUCAACGCGAAAUGUGAGAUAAUUACAGAGCAUGUACUAUUACUAUACAUGGAGAGGUGACUUUUUAACUUGGGUGUUGACUCGUUUAACUACGCGAGCUC